GCAGAUUCUGUGCCCGGUGCCCUACCCGGGAGGCAUCAUGGAGCUGCGGACGGAGCUCUUAAAAUCUAUUUGGUACGCCUUCACGGCUUUGGACGCCGAGAAAAGCGGCAAAGUCUCCAAAUCUCAGCUGAAAGUGCUUUCUCACAACCUCUACACUGUGCUUUGUAUUCCCCAUGAUCCUGUAGCUUUGGAGGAGCAUUUCAAAGAUGAUGAUGAUGGCCCAGUAUCGAGUCAGGGAUAUAUGCCAUAUCUCAACAAGUAUAUCUUGGACAAGGUAGCAGAAGGAACUUUUGUCAAGGAGAGUUUUGAUGAACUUUGUUGGACAUUGACAGCAAAGAAGAAUUAUAAUCCAGAUAGGAACGGGAACAGUGUUGUAUCCCAUGAAGAUGCUUUCAAACUAUGGUGCCUCUUUAACUUUCUCUCUGAAGACAAAUACCCUCUUGUUAUGGUCCCAGAUGAGGUGGAAUACCUCUUGAAGAAGAUAUGUACAGCUAUGAGCAUUGAGCUGAACUGUGGGGAAUUAGAUGACUAUCUUUCCCAAGAGACCCAGCAACAGAAUGGUUUAAUAGUCUGGCAAUUUCUUGAUUUGGUGAACUCUGGCCGAUUACUACGUGGACUUGAACGUGAGGCCAUUAGCAUGGCCAUUGAAGAGGUUUACCAAGAGAUCAUUGGAGAUGUGCUCAAACAGGGCUAUCUGUGGAAGAAAGGUCACCUAAGAAGGAACUGGUGUGAGCGAUGGUUCACCCUGAAGCCCAGUGAUCUCUCAUAUUAUGUGAGUGAAGAACGUAAAGAAAAGAAAGGGAGCAUUUGUUUGGACAGAAAUUCAUGUGUGGAGAUUUUGCCUGAUAAAGAUGGGAAACGUUGCAUGUUCUGUGUGAAAACAUCUUCACGAACCUAUGAAAUGAGUGCCUCAGAUACCAAGCAAAGGCAGGAGUGGACACUGGCCAUCCAGAUGGCCAUCCGUCUCCAAGCAGAAGGUAAGAAGUCUCUGCACAAGGACUUAAAGCAGAAGAGGAGGGAGCAGCGGGAGCAGCGAGACCGAAAGAAGGCUGCCAAGGAAGAGGAGAUGCAACGCCUGAAGCAGCUGCAGGAAGAAAAGGAGCGCAAGCUGCAGGAACUGGAGCUGCUCAAAGAGGCCCAGAAGCAAGCAGAACUUUUACUCCAUGAAGAAGAGCAACGGCGCCAGCAGCAACACGAGGAGAUGCAGAAGAUGUUGGAAAUUCAGCUUCAGGAAGCAGAACAGGCUCGGGCUUCCAUGCAAGCAGAGAUGGUUCUGAAGGAGGCAGAGGCGGAACGUCAGCGCAAGCGCAUCGUGGAACUGGAAGACAUGCAGCAACGACUCCAAGAUGCCCUGCAGCAGGAGAUUAAAGCUCGUCAAGACGAAGAGGCUGUGAGAUACGAACAGGCCAGAUUGCUGGCAGAGGAGGAGGAAAAACUGAAGCAGUUGAUGAAACUGAAGGAAGAACAGGAAGAAUAUAUUAUCAAGGCUCAACAUGAAAAACUGGCUCUCAAGCAAGAGAUGGAAAACAAGAGCAAGUUUCUGGAAGAAACUAAACUGCAGCUAGAAGAAGUCAGAUUUAAUAGGGAAAGGAUGGACCAAGAUGUUAUGAUAGCCCAGCAGAAGCUCCAGCAAGCCAGCACCAAUGUAAAGCACUGGAAUGUUCAGAUGAACCGACUGAUGCAUCCCAUUGCUCCAGGAGAAAAGCGUACUAUGGCUAGUGGAGGAUUCCCUGGCUUUAAUCCUGCAAUCCUGUCCAAAAGAGAGUCAUCUUUCAAAUUGAAACAAAAUCUGGAAAAAAAGAAAUCUGAUGUUGUGAAGAAUGGGAGCAAAGAAAACAUAAAUGGAGAGACAGAGAAGCAGAUGCAGAUGUCAGAAAAAGAUAAUCCUGGCUCAGAAGUCCCUUGUUUAACUUCAGAAGAAAAAUAAUUCCACUGAAUUGAAAUUUAGGGACCAGAAAAUAAGUGUCAUGGCAGCUUAAUGAUUAUUAUAGUUUAUAAAUACUGAACAUAUGUAAAGAUUGUAUAGAGAAGAAUUGUGAUGUUCUCUGCAGUUAAGCCACACAAUAUCCUGGUAGUUCGAUUUGUAUGCUAGUGUUGACCCUGAAGUUCUACACAUACAUAUUGAAAAAGUAUGAUUUAAAUAUGGGAUUACGGUUUCCCCAAAGCAUACUCUAUUUGGUCUCAGCAGAUGAAGAAGAGUUCUGGUAAUUCUGUAUCAUAUUAUGGUAUUAAAAGUUCUAUCAGUUGGUGGCCACAAUAACUACUGCUGUAAUAUGCCAAGAAUUCUGUCAUUCUCUCUAGAAAAAAAUAAUUGUAAAAUAUAUUGUCUGAACAAUUGAACUGUGUUAUAAAAAUUGAGUCUUUUCUUUUUGGCAGUGUCAUUAGUUAACUGUGUCAUUUAACGAACCUUGUAUUAGUAACUUGAAAGGAAACAACCAGAGUUUAUGCAAUGAUUGUUGAAAAUGUUAUGUUCCUAAUGUUAAUGAGACAAAUCAGCAUUUAAUAGAAAAGGUGACAAAGAAAGAAAUUUGAUGUUUGGUUUCAUUACGCUGCUGAUGUAUUGCACUAUAUAAUAUAAACUUUUAAGCUGAAUAUUUCAGCUGCAGUUCCAAAUUAAAACAUCCUAACAAGUGACUUUCCAGCCUGAAGAGGAGAGGCCACUGUUUUCCUUGAUAAGUGGCUCCACCUUGUUUAAGUUUCCAUAGCUAAUAUUGAGAAAAAUGAAUCUUAAGUGCCAGCUAAGAAUUAUUUUGAAAGACAGCAGGCAAUGCAAAGCCAGAUCUUAUAACAUUGUUACUAUGUG